AUGAUUACCAAUACCAUUGAUGAUCAUCAUCAACAUGAUGGAACUUCUACUAUAAUUUUUAAUUCAAAAAAAAAAAAUUGUGAAGGAGAAGAUACAAUUAUGGUAAAAAGAAACAAUACCAAUACAACAAUAAAUAAUGACAUUCCAACUGAAGAUGAUGAUAUAACAGGACCUGAAGAAUAUGUUUUUUUGUCAAAUUUUUCAAAUUUUCUAAAUGUUUUUAUUGCUAUUAUAUGGUUAAUAAUGACUGUCUUUAUUGUACCUAUUUGUGUAAUUUUAAUUAGAUCCUUCAUAUUAGAACCUACUAGAUGGAUAAAUCAAAAAUGGUUUAACUAUCUUGAACAUAAAUGUUGUAAGAUGGUAAAUGAUCAUUGGGUAAGUGCUGGAACUUUUGCUGGUCUUCAAGUAAUUGAAUAUGGUGAUGAUAUAACAAAAAUUCAAGAUGAUAGAGUUCUUUUUUUACCAAAUCAUCUUGGUUUAUUAGAUCAUUUUAUAUUAAUGACAGCUUUUUUUAAUAAAAAUACUCUUCCAGGAAAAUAUAUUUGGGUUAUAUUUAAUAUAUGGAAAUGGACACCACUCGGUUUUAUGUGGAUGGCUCAUGGAAAUUUUUUUAUUAAUGGUGGUGCUAAAAGAAGAGAAAAAGUUUUAGGUGACUUUAGGAAACAUUUAAAUAAUAUUUAUUGGACUAAUGAUCUUGGUUAUAUUAUUAUGUAUCCAGAAGGAUCUCGUUUAUAUUUAGUUAAAGAAUCUGGUGCUAAUUUUGCAAUUAACAAUAAUUUAAAACCUUUAGAACAUUGUACAUACCCAAGAAUAGGAGCUGCUAAGACAAUUCUUGAUGUAGUUGGUCCAAAAAAUAUUACAGAAAAUGAUAUUGAUAAUAAUGGUUAUCUUAAAAAACCUAUAAAAUAUAUUGUUGAUUGUACAUUAGGAUAUCCAAAAGGAAUUGUACCAGAUAUAAGAGAUGCUUUACUUCAAGAAUGGCCUCAUGGUACCAGUAAAGUAGGUAUUCAUUAUAAAAUUUAUAAAGCAACAGAUGAAAUGUGUAAUGAAGAAAAUUUACAACAAUUUCUUUAUAAAUGCUAUCAAGAAAAAGAUAAAUUAUUAGAUUAUUAUUAUAAAAAUGAUACAUUCCCAAAUACCAAACCACGUAUAGUAUCUUUUCCAUGGAAUCGAAUGAUUAUUGUUGAAAUAUUUUGGUUAUCAAUAUUUUUUACUUCCUAUUAUUUUAUUAUGAAACCUCUUUUCAUCUAUUUUUUUCAAAUGUUUUUCUUAACAAAUAAUUAA